UCACCUGCCAGCAAUUGGUGGCAGCAUUAUCUAGAGGAGUGGUGACGUUUAAAAGCACGCUACGAGAGAGGCCGGCCAGCGAUACAAUCUGCUACAGUCGGCGUCUGCAGAUCAGCGCUUUCGCACCUCCUCGAUCGUGCACGUUUUCGCUAACGGAAAUGAAUCCAUCUCAGAAUGCUCUCAAAAACCUGCCCAAAACCAGGGUUGAGCUUCAUGUCCACUUGGAUGGAAGUGUAAGGCAUGAGACACUAUGGGAACUUGCAAAGAAGAAAAAUAUGAAACUACCAGGAAAUGGAACCUUUGAAGAGCUACAGGAUGCUCUAGUGAUAAAAAAUCCAGUUGAUCUCACACAUUUUUUGCAGCCUUUUCUUAUAUUUACUCAAUACAUUGCUGGUGACCUUGAUGCAAUUGAGAGAAUUGCUUAUGAGUUCUGUGAAGAUGAAGCCAAGAACGGAGUAGCUUAUGUUGAAGCUCGAUACUGUCCACAUUUUUGGCUGGGCACAACAGACUUCCAUGGGAAAUUAAAAGAACUGGGAGAGGUUGUGAGUGCUGUAAAUCGUGGUUUUCAGCGAGGUGAGAAUGACUUUGGUGUCAAAGCAAAUACUAUUCUCUCUGCACUCAAUGGUACUGGCACAAUAAAGGAUAUUGUGGAGCUAUGCAAGAAGUUUAAAGGAGAUGGUGUCGUUGGAUUGGACAUAGCAAUGAAUGCAAAUGACAAAUCAGAAACUUACGUUGAAGUACCAUUAAACCAAGAAGAGAUUGGUGCAUAUGAAGAGGCCAGGAAAUCUGGAAUUCACAGAACACUGCAUGCUGGUGAAGCUGGUGGGGCUGAAAUGGUACAAAGGGCCCUGGAUGUAUACCACACAGAGCGUGUGGGGCAUGGUUAUCGUGUGGUUGAAAAUGAAGCUAUUUACAGCAGCUGUAAAGAAAGAAGAGUACAUUUUGAGACCUGUCCUUGGUCAAGUUAUCUUACUGGAACAGUCCCAUUAGGUGUAAGGAAGCAUCCAAUUGUCAGAUUUGCUGAAGAUGGUGUUAACUUCUCUCUCAAUUCUGAUGAUCCCACACUAACCGGAAGAACGCUAAGAGAUGACUAUGCUCUUGCAGCUAGUUGGGGUCUUACUGAGGCUCACGCUAUUCGUGCAAAUUUAAAUGCAGCCCACGCAUGCUUUCUGCCAGAUAAUGAGAAAGCCCAGCUAAUUAAGAAGAUCUACAAAGAACUAAACAUAAGUGACUAAAUUAUAUUUAAAAUGUUGUUGGUGACUUCUGAUAUAUUAACUUUAAUAAUUAAUUAUGUAAAGUGGAAUUACCACACUGGAUUGGAAUCACAUUGCUUGACAUUGAUACAAUGACUUGCUUCCCCUUUCUUUUCUUUUCCAGUGUUUCACUUCUCAAAAAAAUAACAUAUUGUUCCAGAAGAGAAAAAAUUAAAAUAAAAUAAUUGAGUGAGUAAAGACAGUUUCAUAAAAUAACAGUUUUGAGCAACUGUAGAUAGGAACAUAUGUUAAGAAUGUCAGCUACAUGGUGCUUGGUUGUUUUUGUGAAUAAUACCGUCUAGAUUAUAGAUUGUUUAAUGUGUUUUGAUUUAUUAUUACUUUUUAGCUACUGCACCAUUUCUGACUAGGUUUUAUUGCAAACUGACUCUAAAAAAAAUGGAAAUGAUCAUAUGGCAUUGUUGGCUGGGAGUCCCCAUUCGUGGGAGUUUGGCUGCUGUAUUGCAAGUCCUUUUUAGGUGAUACCACAUCGGCAUCUUGCAAGUCAAUGAUGAUGAAAAUGAUGAUGAAGGACACACAACACCCAGUCCCUAGCCAGGAAUCGAACCCAUGCCCCCUGCAUGGUAGGUUGUAAUGCUACUGUUACGCUACAGAGGCAGACUGCUACUGACUCUAACUUUGUUUCAUAUGUUAUGGAUCUGAUCACGGCUGUAGCUAAAACACAUCAUAAUAAAUGGAAGUACAUUAAAUGAACUAGAUGAUAUUAUUCACUAAAUCAUUUGUGGAACUAAUUACCUUUAGUAACAAGUGAGUGACUGUCUUUAUUCAUUCAAUUGUUCACAUCUCGUUUAGGAUUUUCCCUUACCAUAUUGAAAGGAAAAUGUUACUCAUUUCUCAUUAAAUGCCAGUAGUCACUUAUAAAUGCAUAUGUACAACAUAUCAUAGAUGUUACAUAUAAGGAAUAAAUUAUUAGUGUAGAGAACUCAUACUAAUACUGGGGAAAAAUAAAAACUUGAGAUUUCGUGAUGCCUUACAAUGGUGCCUGUAAUUUUGUAGAGAAUCAGUAAGAAUGGUGAAUUAGUUUUCCCAAAAAAGUAAAUAGCAGGAAAGAAUUAGUCUUCAAAUCUGAACUAAUUCUGUCACAUAAAUAUCAAAUUUUAUGUUCUCAAAGCACUAGCAGUACACAAAUAAAAACUGUAAAAUAAA